GCACGGUCAACAGAUCCAUUUGAUCCAUUCAUUCAGUUUCCGAUCUGCCGAGCUUUAGCCACCAUUAUAUAUAUAUAUAUGUAUAUACAUGUAUCUUUGACCUGUAUUAUUUGUAUCGUAUCGCGCAUCAAAUUCAAAUCGAACCAGCUUGAACCGGGCCUCCCGAAAAUUAAAGUGCGACAGUUGAUCUCAGUCAAGCCGAUCUAUGUACGGUUGGAGUUUACGUUGGAGCAUACAUAAAUAAUUUUGGCCAAGCUCUCGACCCCGCCAACCCCAAUCCGCCAUCCGCCUUCCCCAGUUACGAGUAUCCAUUAACCAAAGGAAGUGCGUAUGUGUGAGUGUAUGUACCUGUGUGUGUCCGUCCAUUCACGAGAAUUUGUGUAUGUCUGUGUACUGUGAAUGCAUUCAAAUAAAAGCUAACUAUACAAUACAAUGGCGAACCCAAGUCCGAGCCUGAAUCAUAGUCAUUUGUAGAUUCCAAUACGAGAACAUCAAACCGACAUAUGUACAUCUUCUUCUGUGCUAAGUAUUGGUACUGCUAUGCUCACAAUGGAAAUGCAGACGACGUCACAUCUAACCCAUGGGCUUGCGACGCUUUCGCAGCACCAGCACCACAUUAUCCAUCAAAUUCCACCCCAAGCCCUGCCUUUGCCCUUGCCCAUGCCACAGGACGAGAGCCAGCAGCAGCACCAACACCAACAUCUCUCACAUCAACAUCAGCAAAUGACCAUGGCGGUGGCCGUGUCGCCCACGCUGCACUCCUUGCAGGGCGGCGCACCGCCAGGUGAGAAUCUCAAUAACAGCAUGCAUCAACAUCAGCAUCAUCAUCAUGAACUCCAUCACGCAAGCGGCCUAAUCUAUACCUCAACGCAACUGGAUGACAAAUCGAAAGUGCAUAAAUUCGAUGAUUACUCACAAAGGAUUAUGGGCAGCAUAUCAACACCCGUUGCCAUUCAAGAUCCAUCUACUCCACCGACUAGCAAUAGCUUCAUGUCCCAGAAUCAGGGAACUGUGGAAUGGAUGUCGGCAAUGAACGAUGUCCAAAACGGCGCUGAGGAUUCGCAUAGUUCCCAGGGCAGUAUAUCUGGCGAUGGUCACGGCGGCGUCAAUCAACUUGGAGGCGUUUUUGUCAACGGGCGUCCACUUCCCGACGUGGUUCGCCAGCGCAUUGUGGAGUUGGCUCAUAAUGGAGUCCGUCCAUGUGACAUAUCACGACAAUUGCGCGUAAGCCAUGGCUGUGUGUCCAAGAUUCUAUCAAGAUAUUACGAGACUGGUAGCUUUAAGGCCGGUGUUAUCGGCGGCUCCAAGCCCAAGGUGGCAACUCCGCCAGUGGUGGAUGCGAUCGCCAAUUACAAACGAGAGAACCCAACAAUGUUUGCGUGGGAAAUCCGUGAUCGGUUGCUAGCAGAGGGUAUAUGCUCCCAGGAUAAUGUACCCAGCGUGUCAUCAAUAAACCGAAUCGUGCGGAACAAGGCGGCCGAGAAGGCAAAGCACGUGCACCAUCAUCAACACAAUCAUAUGCAACAGAAUCUAAGUGUAGGAAAUAACACAACGGAGAGCCUGGAUAGUAGUACAGGAGCGGGCAGCGAUCCACAAGCUCCAAGUGGAGGCAAUAACAGCACAAACUCAGCUAACACCACAGUCGCUGUCACAAGCGCUGGUCCCGGAUCGGGAGCCAACUCAGUUAUCACCCACGUACCGUUGACAGGGAGCACCUCCGAGCCGGGCCAGGAUUCUAUUGGCCAUCACAACAAUAAUGGUAGUAAUGGUGUUGGGCCUGGAGGAGCAGGUGUGGAACAGCGAACGGCUGGUUAUAGUAUAAAUGGUAUUUUGGGCAUUCAGCAUCCUCAUCAUUCCCACAACAAUAACAACAACAACAACAGCAACAAUAAUAAUAACAACAACAGUAACGCCAACAACAACAACGCAAGUGAUCCAAAUUGCAAGCGCAAACGAUUGGAAGCCCAUGAUGAAAACCGGGACACCAAUAUACAUUCCGAGGACGAUGGCAAACGACAGCGACUGGGCUAUAGCGGAGACCAAAUUUAUCCAAAUGUAAGUCCAUUUCAAAUUUGUAGACCUUUGUGGGAAAAUAUUCCACACCCCCUUUCGGUUCGCCCAUUUCAGAUUUGGUCGGGCAAAUGGUGCAUCAAGGAAGAGCAUAAACUUCUCUCCGAACUGGGCAGCUUGACAACCACAAAUGGCAACAGUGCACAGGCCUACUAUGAGGCGUCCAAUGGAUUCCCAACCAGCACGAUUUCAGGAAGCGGCGGUCCCCCUACUGGCAAUGACUCGUCCAUGCUGUACGACAGUAUAGCCACCAUUUCCCAGGGCCAAGGUUCGCUUUACACGCCGACCAUCGGGCCUUCCAUUGGUAGCAGUUCCCUGACUCCUUUAGUACCCAUAAGCAUGCAAGACAUGAAGUUCUCUGCGGCUGCACAGGAGCAGAGCAUCGCCCCUUUCUAUACAGCAAUCGCCUUUGAAAAUGGCGGAUAUCCAACAAUAACCAGCCUGGACAGUGGCACAGGCUCUGGCACGGGAACUGGAAACGCCUCCAAUGGCUCCUCGGCAGCAGAACAAUCAGUAAUUGCGAUUGCGGGAACAAGCAGAUCGGAACCGCCCGGGGGCGUGCGGAUAUUGAGAAAUGGUGACCCAAUUCAUUCGGAAGGUAAUCUGCAUCUGAAGGAUUCGGUUGGCGGAGAAUCGGGAAGAGAUGAGAACGCCAAUCGUAAGACUGUCCGCAUUGAGGCUGGUAAACCACAUGGAAGCGGAGAAUUGGAUCAAUUACCAAUGGCACACAUCCAUCAUUUAACAGCGGACCACCAGCAGCAGAACACGAAUACCUCAUCCUCAUCCCUAAUACUCUUGCAGUCAAGCGGUGGCGGCGGCGGAGUCAGUGGCUCCAGCUCUGCUGCCGAGCGCUCCGACAUCGAUGCCAAUUCUGGGACCAGCGUCGACCCCGGAGCGGGGUCAACGAUUUAUGCUGCACCCACCAUGCUGCCCAGUUUUAGUCAUUAUUCCGCAGCCUGCAGUUCCGUUGUGCCCAGUACGGACUACGCGUACAAUCCGGCCUACACACAAUAUGGCGGCGCAUACGGAUCCUAUGGCUAUGGGACUAGCGGAAGUCUAAUAAAUUCGUCCUACUACUAUGAAGGUGGACAGAAUCAGUCGUCGCUCAACCAGGACUUACGAUCUCCACUAGCUGCGACAAGGGCCAACUCAUUAGCAUCGGCGGCCUCGCCAACUGGCAGUGCGUGCACAAAAUCCGAGACAUCGGAUAUAUUUCUCGUCUAGCAGCUAAACCAAAGGCCUCUCACCAUCGAUGAGCAGCGCAGGCUAUGAAUUUAGAUUACCAUGGAACGCUCGCUCAGUUUCUGCCCCAGAUAUCGGUCGCAAACGGAACUGAACCCGGGAACUCCCGAACUCAACGAGACCAAUUCUCAUACAUUUACAUGAAUAUAGCUUACUUUGCAUUUAUUACACAAUUCGAUUCGUUAUCACUCCCAAGAGGUCCCGGGCCGCUCAACAAACGAAACGACAAAGUGAUCGGGAGCUCUGAUAUCAAAUCUUUGUAUUAUUUUAAGUGAACAAAUGGAAAACUGUUAAACGCAAGAAACCAAAAUGUCCGUAAAGGGAAAACUCAACCAAAAACCAUAAAAGUUUUUUGAAAACUUUCAAAUAAUGUAUUAAAUUUAAGGAGUCUGCUUCGUGUAAAAUUUGUACAUAUGCCUAGGAUUAAGCACUACCGAGCGCUGAUGCCCCCUCCAUCCCUCCCCUUCAAGUCAUUUGUGAUAGAGACAGUGGCAGAGGCAGCCCGGGACUUUGGCAAACCGACAGUCUCCAUCCGGAUUCUGGAUGACUAUUAAGUGAACGAAAUCUUAAUGGAUUUAGGAUGAUCUUAUUUAUUAAUAUUUAUUUUUGAUUUGCAUUAACCCCAUUCGCUUCUGGCAUCAAAUACUCGGGUGUACAUCGAAUUCAAACUCUUUCUUGUACCCGUUCCCUCACCAUUUCCCUUCCCUUUCCCACAACCCACUACUCGUUACUGAAUAGAUUUAAGUAUGAACUCUGGAUGUCGCCCGUUAGGAUAAGAAAGCACAAACCAAAUUACAUAUAGUAAUACAUAAAUUAAAUCUAGGCUUAUCAAAUAUUUAAAUAAAAAGUAAUUAAUUCAACGUGGAA